UAGAAAAUGAUAAACAAUGAAAUGCUUACAAACCAUAUUUUGCGAUUAUUUGAUGUAAAGUUGUAUUAGAACUAGCACUAGCAUUAUAAUUCUAUAAAGGAGAUUAUGAAGACUUUACAGUCAGUUAUAUUGGUGUUAUGUGUGGGUAUAUCCUACAGUCACAUCUGCCUGAUUUCUCCAAGACAAAGGGGAACAAUGGAUAUAUCAAUGCCAGGAAGUCCAACAUGUACCAGGCACGCUGAGCCAUGUGGUGGUCAGGCCAUUGAGACGCCAAAGGUAGCAUAUCUGGCAGGAGAAACCGCGUUCUUCAAAUGGCAACAAAACCUCAACCAUUACGAGUCGGGAUAUCCAGGUUACAUGGACAUAGGUGUAGCGACCACAGAGAACAGUACUGAAUUUACCACAUUAGCAGUGGUUACAGACAAAUAUGUUCACAGGCAAGAUUACCAGCAAAACUUUACCGCAAUAAUUAAAAUACCGAGCAUCAUGUGCGAGCACUGUGUAAUACGCAUGCGUUAUAAUGCCCACAAGCCUGGUGAAACAACUUUCCUGCAAUGUGCAGACGUGAAGAUUUCACUAGGUUCCAAGUCAGAUAAUGAUCUCAUAUUUUCACCUGUCCAUGAAGAAAGCAGUUCUGACAGGCAAAAGCUUUUGCCAUUGAAACGUGCAUUGCGCCUGCGCAAAUAUCACCAUAACUUGAAGAGCGGUGAGUCAGUGGCUGACGGGGCUAUGAAAUUGUACGGUAUAGCGUACAAUCCCUUCGAGCCGGGAAGAAGUCACUAUAUUUCAAUUGAUACAAUGACUGGACAAACUGAAAUGGUGAACGCGUUUAAGUUCGGUAUAGACUCCCCUGUCUCAGGCAGCAGUCAAAGUGAAAUGUUCUUACUGGAUGAGGUCUUAUCCAUAGACUAUGGAAGGAACACAACAAACUUUUUGGUGCACGAGUCCGGCAGCAGAGAUGAUGUUGCUAAGCAACUGUAUGUUGUGGGUACAUAUAACGGAAGUCUUGUAGAGUAUUCGGAUCUUUUCCAAUUUUCCGGUGGUGCCAUAAACGCUUUAUCUUGGUAUACAUAUGGGACGUCUGCAGCGUUUAGAAUUCAGCCGGCAGAAAAAGCCAAUAGUUGGUACUUUGAGGUAGGCAUGAUUGUAGAUGGGGCAUAUAAAAUGGGGGCUCGCAUCCCUGAUCCUGAGGGUUUGUAUGUGAAUUUUCAGUGGUUUGAGACAGAUGUGAACAACUAUCAUAGAACCUAUGCUCUAAUGGGAAACGAGAAUGCACCAGACGAACUAAACUCAAGAAUUUAUAUAUUUGAUCUAUAUGACAGUGAUUUCAGUAAGUUUAUCAAGUACACGGAACUAGAUGUCUCCAAAUAUACAUUUAUGUCCAUACAUUCCUAUCCAGGAAGUGAUGAGCUGUAUGCAUUUUCUCCUGGUUUGUGGUUUGAUGAACCUCACAGCUGGUACCUGGUCGCUGUUGAUCCGAUGUCAGGGGCGGUUACCAAAAAAUGUGACAUCGCACCCGCAGGAAUAUUUCAAAGACAUUACGGUGGUUCUGUAAACCAAGGCUUUUCUAACAACGACGGCUAUCUAUACCACGUACUUCGUGUAGAGGGUAGCGACGCAGACAUUAUUGUGAAAAUACAGCCAGGGACUUGUCAGAUGUCAUUCUCGGAACCGACCAAUCUUCGUCAUAUACAUUCUCUACAAAUGCCGGCAAUGUGAAUUCAAAACUGCCGGAAUGCAAACACUUGAGUUAUAUAAAAGUGUAUCAUGUGUUUUUAGAAUCGUGUUUUUGUCUUGAUUAAAAGAACUAAAAAAGUAUGCUAUAAGGUAUUCUUUAGAAUCAAAUAGCGCAUGACGUCAUUGAAGCCAAGUAAAAGACACUGAUACGGUAAUCCUAUCUCCUGAAACAAUAAUUGCUCUUGUUUAAGUUUUUUUCUUGUCAAUUUGAAUAGCUAUGAAAAUGUACUCCUGUAUAUUGAUAGAAUAAACAUUAAAAACUAUACUUAG